AUGGGAGCCGCCCGCCUGCUGCCUAAUCUUACCCUGUGCUUGCAGCUCUUGAUUCUCUGCUGUCAAACGCAGGGGGAGAGUCACCCGUCUCCUAAUUUUAACCAGUACGUGAGGGACCAGGGCGCUAUGACUGACCAGCUGAGCAGGCGGCAAAUCCGUGAGUAUCAGCUCUACAGCCGGACCAGUGGCAAGCACGUGCAGGUCACCGGGCGUCGCAUCUCUGCCACCGCUGAGGAUGGCAACAAGUUCGCCAAGCUCAUCGUGGAGACAGAUACAUUCGGCAGCAGAGUCCGCAUCAAGGGGGCAGAGAGCGAGAAGUAUAUCUGUAUGAACAAGAGAGGCAAGCUGAUUGGGAAGCCAAGUGGGAAAAGCAAAGACUGCGUGUUCACCGAGAUCGUACUGGAGAACAACUACACAGCCUUCCAGAACGCCCGCCAUGAGGGUUGGUUCAUGGCUUUCACUCGGCAGGGCCGGCCACGCCAGGCCUCCCGGAGCCGCCAGAACCAGCGAGAGGCCCACUUCAUCAAGCGCCUCUACCAAGGCCAGCUGCCUUUCCCCAACCACGCGGAAAGGCAGAAGCAGUUCGAAUUCGUGGGCUCCGCCCCCACUCGCAGGACCAAGCGCACUCGGAGGCCCCAGUCCCAAACGUAGUCAGGGAGGCCGUAGUGUGCACGGCUGGGUAGGUGCCCCUCAGCAGCCUCCCCUCUCUUCUCUAACUCAUCCAAAGAUGGGGACUGGGGUGGAAGGUGGGGAGCCAGACUCCAAAAGGAUC